CGGAGUACUUCUUUCUCUUUGGCGGAAGCCGUAAAGGUCUCUGCUUGCAGAAACCGACCAAGAGCCCCUCUCCCAACAGAGACAAACACAGGGAGGGACAGUGUUAAUAAUUGAGAAUCCAGCUCAAUUCCUUUAGAGGCCGAAUCGUUGCGAAUGGAAAAUAUAGUUAUAAGUAGCACAGAACUGAGUAUGGAACCAAGAGAAGAUGGGGUUUCCGAUGUUGCAAAUGGAUCCUCGGUGGUUACUUGUUCUUUGUUGCGGAGAAGGAUUGAGUUCCACCCUGCAAGAAAAUCGUUUACUGGGUUGAGAAAUAGCAGUGCUGGUGGCGAUUUUCGAAUUGAGACUCUAAACCCUGAUCCUGGUCGUAAGAGGCCUUCAGGGUUGAACCCUUAUCAGACUGGGAAAAAAGUGGACGGUUCGGAUUUCGUUGAGAAUGGGCUUGAUCCGGAGCUCAGUUUCGGGAUUUCUUUUAGGAAAAUUGGUGCUGGUUUGGAAAAUCUUGGAAACACUUGUUUUCUCAAUUCGGUUUUGCAGUGUCUAACAUAUACUGAGCCUCUGGCAGCAUACUUGCAAAGUGGAAAGCAUCAAAAUUCUUGCCAUAUUGCUGGUUUUUGUGCGUUGUGUGCUAUCCAGAAACAUGUUAGUCGUGCUCUGCAAUCAACUGGGAGGUCACUGGUGCCCAAGGAUCUUGUAUCAAACUUGCGUUGCAUAUCUCGGAACUUCAGAAAUGCUAGACAGGAGGAUGCUCAUGAGUACAUGGUAAACUUGCUGGAAUCAAUGCACAAAUGCUGCUUACCUUCAGGAGUUCCAAGUGAAUCCCCUGCUGCUUAUGAAAAGAGUUUGGUGCACAAAAUCUUUGGUGGUCGCCUCUGUAGUCAGGUGGAAUGCCAACAAUGUUUGUACUGCUCCAACAAGUUUGAUCCAUUUUUAGAUUUAAGUCUUGAAAUAGUUAAGGCAGGUUCUUUGCCUGUAGCAAUUCAAAACUUUACUGCUGCAGAGCUGCUAGAUGGAGGAGAGAAGCAUUAUCAAUGCCAGCGAUGCAAGCAGAAAGUUAGAGCUAAGAAAAGGCUUACAGUUCAUAAAGCUCCAUAUGUGCUUACCAUCCAUCUAAAGCGCUUUCAUGCACAUGAUCCUGGACGGAAAGUUGACAAGAAAGUGUCAUUUGAUCGUUCAUUGGACAUGAAACCAUUUGUCAGUGGUUCCUAUGAAGGAGAUUUGAAGUACAGUCUCUAUGGUGUUCUGGUACAUUUUGGUCAUAGUACCCAUUCUGGUCACUAUGUCUGUUUUGUUCGCACAUCAAGUGGUAUAUGGUAUCUCCUCAAUGACAAUGAGGUUCGCCCAGUUAGUGAGAAGACUGUUCUAGACCAGAAGGCUUAUAUGCUAUUUUAUGUCCGUGAUAGAAAAAGUUUUGUUUCAAAAAAGCCUGUCGAUGUAGUUCGGAAAGAAAGUACAAAAGCAACUACUGGCAGUAAUAUUACGAAUUUGGUUUUCAAGCAGUUGUCAAAGGAACCUGCAGAUAAUGGCUCAGUUGGGAAUAGAUCUUUGGCUUUAGGCUCUGCAGCUGCUGUUAAUAAAAAAGAUUCACUAAAAAGUGGUGCAUCAAAGAGGAUCCUUCAGAAAGAAAAUCGACCAAUGAUUUCUGAAGGCUUAGUGAUAAAAGCAGAUCCUGUUGCAGGACCAUCAAGUUCACCACUACCAAAGAACCUGCCAAAAGAAGUCUCUCCAAACCCAGAUCUGGAAGAUUGUUUGCCACCUUCAGCUCCAUUCAUUAUUAGCAAAAGUGACACUGCUAAAGUUGAUAAUGCUAUUGUCAUGCCUGGGGCGAAAAGUGACUGUAAUGAGGCAUCUUGUAACAGCAAUGAGCCCCAAAAUUCACCUAUUGAAAAGCUUGUCACAAAUGAGGCCUCAGGAAAGAUUAAUCUCGUCUCAAAUGUGGGAGUUAAUGGAUCAGAGGAGAAGAUCCCAAGGCUCUCUCUAUCUGUAGAUUCUAGUGACAAAGUGUUGAACAAAAUAGACAGUGGAAAAUCACCAAAUAAAUCUAGCUGUAAAAGCAGUCAGGGUGGAGGUUUUCCCAAUGAGGGUGCUGCUGGGAAUUCAUUUGGUGUUGAGGAUGCAGAUAGUAGUAAACGAAUUGUAAAUGUGUUGGUUGUAUCGUCAACCCCAUCAGAUAUGCCAAAUGAAUGUCGACACAGUAAAGCUUGUGAUUGCUCAUCUCAUAAACAUUUUAAAAGGAAGCUUUUAAAUUUUAGGAUUCCAAAUAUGCAUUUUGGCUCAAAAUUAUUCAGAGCAUCUUUAGGCAUUCGGAAAAAGAAGAAACAUAGAAAGUGCAAGCACCGCUCAUCACGGACCCAGAAUGUCAUUGAAGGACAAUUGCUGGAGAGUAAUUGUUUAUCAUCAGAUGUUGGGCCAUCUACGUCAAAGAUAUCCUUGUCACUUUCAUCGGGCUCAACAAAAUCUCAAAGGAAGAGGGCUAAAUCUCGUUCAAAGUGUAGAGGCGAUACCCUGAUGGAUGCUGUGGAUGAAGGAUUUGAGAAUAGGAACAAUCAGAACAGUGUUCUGGUUGCGAUGGAUAAACAGUUAAAAAAGAGCUCAUUAUCAAUAUCUGAAGUGAACCAACAGGUUGCAAGUGUUCUUGAUUGUACAGAAAUUAGCAAAAAAGAUGUGUCAGAAAAUGCGGUGAUGUGCAUGCUUACUCGAGGUCUAGAAGAGACAUCUGUUGCACAUUGGGAUGGGAUAGAGGUGCCUCAGUCCCAGAUUGUGGAAUCAAGUACUACGGAAAAUCUCUGCAUUGGUUAUGUGCCAGAUGUGUGGGAUGAAGAAUAUGAUCGAGGUAAGAGAAAGAAGUUAAGGCAAACUAAGCACAACUUUGGUGGGCCAAAUCCUUUCCAAGAAAUUGCCAGCAAAAAAACACAAUUUAAGAAACUGAAGAUGGACCGAUCUAGCUCUGGAAACAAACCAUUCAGGAUAUGAACUCGUUAACAUGUGGAGCCACACGAUUUGUCAACAUGCUGUCAUAUUGUAUGUAGCAAUUAUUGCUGUGUUAACAAGUUCUGUAAUUUUUGUUUUUGCUUUAUUUAUUGAAAGGGGGAGACUGAAUCUGCGGAGAGAUACAAGGAUGAGAGACUUUGGGAUAGAUGUGUUGUUAGAGGACCAAGCUAUAAUGGUUUGCAUGUUUAGUAAUGUAAAACGAUUUUUUUAUGAAUUUUCUUGAUCAUAAAUAUAUCCUGCAUUGGUGAGUGUUCUGUAGGCUAUAAA